GUUCUUAACCUCAAGACUCUGGAAGAGCGACUCGCGUGCGCGGCUCGGUGGCCCGUCCCGGUAGUUCAUCUCGCGUUCGCCUCUGAGAGGAUAUGGCUACGCACCGUACUGCUUCUUCAGCGAAGCGAAAUACUCUCAGAUUGAUAUAAGAAUGAGGUGCCAGUGGAGGGGAGAACGUCAGAACCGUUACCUACUCACUGAGUUACAGUUCAAGAUACUAGCGCGAGCCUCCACAACAAUCUAUCCAACAUGUCAACUCCUAUGAGCGUCACUACCGCCAAUAUCACUGGCAAGUUCGUGAAGAACAAAUCGCUGAGCGACAACCUCGACGAAGUUCUCAAGCUGCAAGGCAUCCCCUGGCUUCAGCGCAAAGCUUUCAACGCCGUCAACCUUACCUCAGGCUUCAGGCAGCACACCGACCUGACCACCGGCGUUGAGGUCGUGGAGAUAUUCAACUCCGUCUCUGCCGGCGGCCCCAGUGGAGAACCCUCUAACACGCGCACCUUGGAUUUCCAGGAGCGAAGAGAGGAGAGCGAGAGGCUCGGGAGCGUCGUGGCCAAGUCAAAGCGCGUGGACGUUGCUGAGAUGGGUGAUGUGUUCUUUAGGGAUGGGUGGACGGAGGACACAGUAGAGUCUAAGGUGAUUCAUAUCAUCAUGAGCGGUAACGUCGGACAGAGUGACGCUUGGACGAUGGAGCAGGUGUGGGGAUUCGAGAACAAGGACGGAGAAAGGAGGCAUGCGAGGCGCAUCAAGUUCACGUCUGCGAAGGUACAAGAGGCAUAUAAGCUUCGCCUUUACUUCGACUACGUUGGCCCAUUCUAA